CCAAUACCAACUUAAGGGUUAAGUUCCAACAACCAUUUGAACCAUUUGAAACAAAAGAUUCUUCUGUUUUGUCAACAACCGUUCGAAAUUUUUGAAUGCGCCAAACAUGAGUCAAGGGCACUGUGACGGGCUCGUGGCCGUAUGUCAUUAUACUUAGGAUUUACUGUCGUCAUCCCACGAUACAUCUGAUUGCUGUCAAUCACUUUCAGCACCCGAAGUACCUGCAAGCUAAAAGUGAGCCGUUACAGAUACGAUGGCAACUGCUCUUGGAGUUGUACUUGAUGUAGGAAUUCAUAUGAAUCCUAAUUUCAGAGAAGCUGUUGAGUGCGUAAGGCUGUUAUUGGAAAAGAAAUUUUUCGCCGAAUCAAAAGAUGAAGUUGCACUUAUUCUCUGCGGCUCUGAUGCUACUGACAAUCCUUUAGCUGAUGAAGAAGGAAGUUUUCAAAAUAUAUGUUUGGCUUUUGAACUCGCUCCUAUAAGUUGGAAGGUCUUGGAAUUUCUAGACCCAGAUUUACUAUCACUCUCGACAGGAGAUGUUGUUGAUGCACUAAUGGUAGGCGCUGACCACUUGUUUAAUCGUUGCAAGGAUAAAAGAAACAUAAAAGAAAAGCACUUGUUGCUUGUCAGCAAUUUAUAUGGUUCGAUUGACGAUUCUGAUGUCUCCAGGGUAUCUGAAAGCCUCCAGUCUUCAGGUAUUAAAUUCAGCUUGAUUGGUUGUGACUUGAAGAAGAGUAUUAAUAUCUCACCUGAAAACCGAGAUGAACCUGGGCCAUCUCAUGCCAUUUCUCAUCACCAUCAUCCUUCACCAAAAACUAGUCCCUCCAUUUCUUUUUUAGCUGAACUCUGGGAUCAACUAAACGGAGAAUCAUAUGAUUUUAGCGAUGCAGUCACUGCAUUGAGUAUAUUCGAAACCCGUAGCGUUUCGCAACGUGGUUGGAAUGUAGGUUUGCAAAUUGGCGAUUCGAUCACUAUCCCAGUUGUCGGCUAUACACAUAUAAAGGAGGCUCAUCCACCAACUAUGAAGAUACUGUACGCCCCAGAUCCUUCUCUUCCACUGCGCGCUGUUACAAAAUAUUGUACACAAGAUGCAGAUCCUUCCGAUUUAAACUCUUCUGAAGUUACUCGAGGUUACCGGUAUGGUGGGACUGUAGUCCCCUUUGGUGAAGAAGAUAUGGCCUCCAUAAAACCCACUUCAGAAAAGUGUUUCAGCGUUAUUGGAUUUACGAGUGCUGACAAUGUGAGUCUCCCAUAUCUACUCUCUUUUACGUGUACUUUCUAGGUAUUUUUUGUUUCAUGAAGUGAGUUGCAUCCAUUUUAUGUAGACUUUUGAAAAUGAAUAUUGGCUAUUUAUUUCCAAUCCCUCAUAACCUUUACACUGG